CCUCAUUCUUCCCUUCUCCCCCACCCCUCAACCAUCCCCAAAUCAUCCACCGAUACUACUCUGCACACAACAACCCAGCCUCCCCAGGACAGAAACACCAGACCCCCAAGCACCUUCCCUCCCUGUCUCCCCAUUCCCACACCCAACAAAAUGCCCCCCCGCCGCAUCGCCCAAAUCGUGCAUCUCAAGCCCUCCGCCGUGUCCGCCUACAAAGAAUGCCACGCGAACGUCUGGCCCGAAGUACUGCAGCAGAUCGACGAGUGCAAUAUCCGCGAUUAUUCCAUAUUCUUCGACAAUGAGCGCACGUUGUUCGCGACGUUCAAGUACACGGGCGAGGACUUUGAGGGGGAUAUGCAGCGGAUGAAGGCGAAUCCGAAGGUGCGCGAGUGGUGGGGGAUGACGGAUGGGAUGCAGGAGAGUCCGAUCCCCGGGGCGGUGGGUAGUGCUGAAGGGCCUGGAUGGUGGAAGGUGCUGGACGAGGUGUUCUACAAGGAGUAA